CAACCAGCGUCCGGUCUCCUCAGCGAGCUCGGCAAGCAAGGGGCGGUGGGGGGUCAAAGAUACGCAGAGAAACGGGCUGCUGGUGGCGAAGAUGGCGGAUGGGGACAGUGGCAGUGAGCGCGGUGGUGGAGGCAGCAGCAGCGGCGGAGGGGGAGGAGGAGGAGGCGGCAGCGGAUUUCAGCAAUACCAGCGGGAAGUGGAGACCCAGGAGCUGGCGUCGAAGCGGCUGGACAUUCAGAACAAACGCUUCUACCUUGAUGUAAAGCAGAACGCCAAAGGCCGGUUCAUCAAAAUCGCCGAGGUUGGCGCUGGGGGCUCGAAAAGUCGGCUGACCCUCUCUAUGUCAGUUGCGGCAGAGUUCCGCGACUACCUGGGGGAUUUCAUAGAGCACUACGCCCAGCUUGGGCCUAGCACCCCGGAGCAGAUCGCUCAAUCAUCCGGUGGGGAUGACAGCGGGCCUAGACGGGCCCUGAAGAGCGAGUUCCUGGUGCGUGAGAACCGAAAAUACUACCUCGACCUGAAGGAGAACCAGCGGGGUCGGUUUCUCCGGAUACGGCAGACCGUCAACCGAGGCCCCGGUUUCGGAGUUGGAGUGGGUGGCAUCCCCGGGGCUGGCCUGCAGGCCGGACAAACCAUUGCACUACCGGCUCAAGGCUUAAUAGAGUUUCGUGACGCUUUGGCCAAGUUGAUAGACGACUACGGGGGAGAUGAGGAGGAGCUGGCCGGCGGUGGAGGGGCCGGGGGCUACAGCGAGCUUCCGGAGGGCACCUCGAUCAUGGUGGACUCCAAGCGGUUCUUCUUUGACGUUGGGUCCAACAAGUACGGAGUUUUCUUACGGGUGAGCGAAGUGAAGCCCAGUUACAGAAACUCUAUAACAAUCCCCUUCAAGGCGUGGGGCAAGUUCGGGGGAGCGUUCAGCCGCUACGCCGAGGAAAUGAAAGAGAUCCAGGAGCGGCACCGUGAUAAGAUGUACGAGAGGAGAGCCGGAGAGGAGUCGGAGGGCGACGACGUGGACGACGAUUGAUGGAGAGGUGGUUACAUGUGAUGAAGCUGACAACAUGAUGCAAAGCCUGGCGUUAAACAGAGAGAGAUGAACGACUAUUCUGUGCAUGACGAAUCGAACU